AUGAAACAAUUCACGAAACUUUUCUUCAUCUGCAUUUUAAUUUUCUCCUCCAUCGUUGAAAGCGCUGAUUCCACUCUCAUUACCGAGCUGUGCAAACACUGUGACGAUCCAAAACUAUGUCUCUCCAGCAUACAAGACCGUCCCGAAUCCGGCGAGUUCGCAGCCACCACAAACCAGAUAGAGAUCAUAGCUAUCUCUGCUGUCUCAGCUAAUGCCUCCUCCACUUCCACCUACAUCAGGGAAAUGCUUAGCCGCGAGGAUCUGGAGCCGGCAUUGGAGGCUACUCUUGAAGAUUGUCAAAAGAAUUACCAAGAUGCUGUGGAACAACUCGACGACUCGAUAUCCGCCAUGCUCGCUAACGCACAUGCCGACGUAGAUGUCUGGAUGCACGCGGCAAUCAGUGCCAUUGAAUCAUGUAGUAACGAUUUGGAAUUACACGCAGGGAACGAUGUGGAACUUUCUCAUAGAAACAAAGUUUUUCUCAAACUAUGCAAAAACGCUUUGGUGAUUAACAAAAUAUUAACCUGAGAUUUAACUCCCAACAUUUGAAUAUUAUUGUAUAAUACUUUCUUGCUCGUUUUGUCAAUAUUUUGUUGUAUUGGUUAAUA